UGGGAAAUCUUUCCCGAAAACUGAGAGGGCUUCACCCCGGCGCUGCAGCCUCCGCGCUGCAGCCGCAGCCACACGCGAUUUCUCUGCUUAUCGCCGAAUCGAGGCAGCUGCCCGGAAUGAAAGACACGGCUCUGAGCAUCUCUGUGACACGUGAGGCCGGCACGACAAUGGCCCAGCACGGAACCAGGCGGCCGGGCCGGGCCGGGGAGGGGCCGGGUGGGGCGGCUCGCCCCGCGCCGCUGCCCCUCCGCACCCGCCACCGUGUCCCGCCACCGCGUCCCGCCACCGCGGACCCGCCGCCACCCUGCGCACCCGCGGCCAGCCCCUGCGGGACGCUGCGCACGGCGGAGUUGACCGCGCUGCGAACAACAUCUGCUGCAGCCCGCCACAGACUUCCAGGGCAGGUUCCUAAACAAACGCACAGGAGCCCUGGAAAUUCAAGUCCUCCGCAUCAACAUCCUCGUCCACGCUGUUUCUCCGAAAGGGAAGAUGUUAUGGAAAAUGCCUCCCCCACCCCCCCUACCUCCCCCCCACCUCCGCUCCAGCCGCCCGCCCCCAAACUACUCCGGGGUUUUAAUUUGGGGUGCCUGCAGGGGAGCCGGUGUGUGUCCCGGCGGCACCUCUCCGCGGCGGGCGACACUGCGCUCCCCGAACCCCAAACCCCGGGCAAGUGCCGCUGCCCUCUUGCCUCGCCGGUCAACUUGGUGCGCGGCUCGCCAAAGCGCAGCGCCCGCUCAUGCAACGCGCCGCGACAACAGCACAAUCGACAGCACAGAUAAAAACACCUCGGACGACACAAAACACGAGUCACCUUGUUGCAAUAGUAGGGGUCCAGGCAGGGGGAAGGUCCCAAACAAGGCGUAUCAGGAGCGGCUGCAGGCUGAGGAGAUGGUGAAUAAAAUCUUACGUCCAUUUCACUAAAACAUCAAGCAAA